AUGGACCCAAAGCAACGAUUGACUCACUCGUUUUCCAGCGCCACCUGUAUAUUCCAAGCCAGUACUGCAGCGUCUCCUCUCUUUCCGAUUCUCCAAUGUCCACAGCUUGGCCGGAGCUCGUUGUUUUACCGGCUCCAUUUCCACCGUAUUUUUAACGCUCCUACCCGGCCCAGAUCAGGACGAGACCACGCUAAAGGUAAAGAAGAAGCUCCAAGGAUUCGGGAGAGUCUAGGUUAGGCGGAGAAAGAUCGUCCUUUAUUGGUGUUUUCAGCGCUGUCGUGUUAGAGGGAGCUUGCUCAGAACUGACUUCAUGCAUCAGUUGGUACACCAUGCUGAUACCGGAGUGUCUCCUACCAAAACAAACCUCUCCGUUCUACAAAGGAUUCUAAGGUCGGAUUCGAACCAUUUACCGUUCCUUAGAAUGCGUCAAAGGACUUAUAAUCAAUAUGCUCAUAUUCGUCGGGUAUAUACGAUCAAUGCUCUCCUAAAGUGAGAGAAACAUGCUAUGUUUUAUUUAGCUCGCCUGCAUGCCUUGCGAGUCCCCCUUACUGCAAAUAGGUGCAAUUAUGUUUUCCCUGCAGCUCUUCAUUCGCAUUCUCCCAACCAAUAUUUGUGCGCUGGUGACUAUAUGCUGUGUGAGUGUUCUGUCUUAUUUUGCCCUAUUGCUUGGCUUUUGACAGAUAAAGUCUUCGGGAAUCUCACCACAAAACGAAGGUAGCCUAGCAGUCAGUAGUCACAAUGAUUGAAUCCGAGCCUGCUUUUAUUAACGACAAGGCUACACAUGAGCUGCGAUAUUGUAGCCUAACAAUAUUUGCACUCGUGUUAUGGUUCUGUGGGGGGGGGGGAUUAUUCAAAGCCAAUUGGAUCGAGCUAAUGGAAUGAUUUGGUGCCCCUUAUCUAACCAUCUAGCUUGCUAUAGGCGUGUGGUGACCAUUAUGGAAACAUUAUGAACAUCGUUUGUCCUUCAAAAUGACAGGAAUUUUAAGAAAGUACUCACAUAUAUUUUAUUUAUAAAUAGUCUAUAGCUAUUGUUUAUAAACAACUUUUGAUGAAUAGACUGUAAUAUUCAACAUCCAACCAUGUAAAUCGACAGACAGGACACAGACUCUGAGAAAUGAAACUCAUGUAGGCUACAAACCAAAGACCAAACCACAAAGGGGUCUACCAGUCCAGAGAAUAAUGUAAAGUUGAGGGAUGAUAACCUACCUGUCUGAUGAGCAACAUCUCUCUCUCUCUCUCUCUCUCUCUCUCUCUCUCUCUCUCUCUCUCUCUCUCUCUGUAUGUAUGUAUCCCAUUGAUAGAUCCAGUUAAUAACUUUUCUAUCCUUUAUUCUUUAUGGGGGGAAAUAUGUCCAGUGAAAGACUAUAGGCCUAUAGAGGCUAGCCUAUAUCACAUUGAUCAGUUCAAUAACGUUUCUGUCAUUAUUUUUUAGGGGGAAUCAAAAUGUCCAGUGAAAGACAGGGGCGGUCAGAUGAUGAGAGUCCGAGUACCAGCAGUGGUAGUUCUGAUGCGGACCAGAGAGACCCGGCGGUGCCGGAGCCCGACGAGGCAGAGGAGAGAAAACAGCAGCCCGCCACACCUCCUCAGCAACAGAAGAAACCCACCAAAUUAUCCAGCAAGACUACCGCCAAGUUGUCCACUAGUGCUAAAAGGUAAUGCCUUCAUUAUCAUAAUCACUGUCUUCUUCCAAUUAGGGAUAAUGUCGUCUACGUGAUCCUUCUGCUAAACUGAGUAGCCUAAUGAAAGAAUGAUGGUUCAUUUAUAAUGCUUUAAUCCUUUGAGACACAAAGGAGAGAUAUUUAUUUUUAAACUAUUAUUAUUCCUGUGCCAAAUAAGAUUGUUAAAAACGAAAGCCAUGGAACUACAUUAUCGUAGUCGUGGCUUUAUUAGACUACUUGGUUCAGUGUCGUUGGAUAUGGAUAAUUUGUCAAGUUAGGCUACAGGAGCAGAGCAGGACUUAUGUAUCUGAGGAUGAAUUGUUUUGAAUAUAUUCACAUGUAGGAUGGUUGAGUAUUGUAAAAUAGGUAUUUUCACACUCACAGUUUGUCUUUCCUGUGUUGCAACCUGUGUUUGUUUGGCUGUAGAAAAGUGUUUCUAAGUUUGGGGAGAAAAUGGUCAAAAAUAUUAUUAUGACAAAUGUCCUCUUCCUCUAUGUGACUAUAUUUAGUGUUGGGUAAGAGGAUAAUGAUCACUUUAAAGUACAACUAAUAAAUAUAAAGCAGUUGGAUGCAAUUUUAUCUGAGCUUCAAAAAGAAACUGACUUGUCUACACGAUAGUCUUAACAGUAGAUGAGAAUACAAAUGUAUUGAGUGGCAAGUAUGUAAAAAUCCUCCCCUUCUCUCCCUUACACACCGUUAAUAAUGCUUUAGUAACAGCACCCUACGCAGCUCUCUGGUUUAAAGCCCCUGUCAAAUAUACCCAAGGUCCUCCCCCCUCCUUCUCCCUCUCUGCCUCAUUUGCAUAUAAGCUUUAAAAGAAGAUAUUUUGUGCUAAAAGUGACUGGUAUUGGUGGAUAAGCUGCGGGGUGGUAGGUGAGGGUGGUGGCUUUGUGCUGGGGCUGAGAGGGUUGUGUUGGGGUAAACGGACAGGGAGUAACAAAGGAGAGAAAGUUUUGCUGUUCUGGGCUUCGGGUUCUGCCUGGGAGAACAAAGAGGAAGCAGCCAUGUUAGCUGGGCUGAGUGGAGAGAGAGGGGUGGGGGGGGGGGGGGGGGGGGUGGAGCCGUGCAGUUAGAGCAUCGCUGGUAGAGGGCAGUGUAAAUCCCUAGUCUACACCGGCUACUCUAGUCUAGUGCUAUAAAUCUCUUCUCUUCUCACAGCUACUCUUCUCCUCUCACAUUUCUCUCUCUCAAUUCAAUUUCAAUGUAAGGGCUUUAUUGGCAUGGGAAACGUAUGUUAAUAUUGCCAAAGCAAGUGAAGUAGAUAGUAAACGAAAGUGAAAUAAACAAUAAAUAUUAACAGUAAACAUUACACUCAGAAGUUCCAAAAGAAUAAAGUCAUUUCAAAUGUCAUAUUUUGUAUAUAUACAGUGUUGUAACAUUGUGCAAAUAGUUAAAGUACAAAUGGGAAAAUAAAUAAACAUAAAUAUGGGUUGUAUUUACAAUGGUGUUUGUUCUUCACUGGUUGUCCUUUUCUUGUGGCAACAGGUCACAAAUCUUGCUGCUGUGAUGGCACACUGUGGUUUUUCACCCAGUAGAUAAAGGAGUUUAUCAAAAUUGGUUUGUUCUCUCUCUGACAGCAAGGACCACAAUAGAAACAAGUCUGUUGACUUUAUUGUGUUUUUAAUGUGUGUAUUGUUCAUCCCUACAGGGCUGCUCUAGUGUAGUGCUGUAGAGUCUCCUCUCACAGCUUCAACACAUUUCUAAUUUCUCUUCCACAGAAUCCAGAAGGAGCUCGCUGAGAUCACUCUAGAUCCACCACCUAACUGC